AUGCCCAUUAGAGAUAAUUUAUCACACUUAGACAUAUGUGGCAAUUUUUUGACUGAAUUUCCAUUACAAAUUACGUGUUUGAAAAAUCUACAGUCGUUAAACGUAAGCAGAAACAAAAUUAAGUUUUUACCAAAAGAGUUGGGUACUUUGCCGCAUCUUAUGUAUCUUGAUCUCACUUCUAAUCACCUUGGAAAAUCGGAUCACAAUACGUGGGAAUGGCUAGAGCAAACUGAAGUCAGAAAUAAAUUGUCAGAAUUAUAUCUGUCGGACAAUCUGUUAACGGAAUUACCGCCACAAAUUGGAAAACUAAAUGCUUUAACUCAUUUAAAACUUGUUUGCAAUAACUUAAAAUGUUUACCACAAAAUCUCGCAAAUUUAAAAAAAUUAAGCAUUCUUGAUUUGUCCGACAAUGAUUUGUUAUAUUUACCAGGAAGUGUGGCAUAUUUACGGGUGCAUAUAAAUGUUGAUGGGAAUCCAUUUAAUUUAGAUGACGAUAGUGAUGAUGAUUUGCCUACGAUGUCUACGAGUUUUGAAGUGCUAAGUCUUAUGGAAUAUUCAGCUGACGUUAUCCUGAAAUCUGGAUGGAAUUACACAAACGUAUUAUACAAACGUAAUAAAGUAUUGGUCAGAUAUUUGGAUGAUAAAAGAUAUUGCUUCUUAUGUGAAACUCCAUGUUUUCGUUAUUAUGAAAAGCGCUUCAUAAAUUUUUAUGAGUAUGUUUCAAUGCUGAAUGUUAAAUUUAGUGUAUCAGAAAAUAUUUCCAAUGCAUGGUUUGAAUGUUAUGCUUGUUCAUCAGAAUGUGCUGAAAUAAUAGCUGAUAUGGAUUUAAGAAGGCAUGAUUAAUUUAUUAGACUUAAAAUUCACAACAACAAAAUGUAACUGAUAUAUAAAUAUCUGAUAUGACCGAUUUGAAAACU